UUAUUAGAGGACCAAAUCUUUUUGUUUCCCCUAGCACCAAGGCCUUAAGUAUAUAACAGCCGGCGUGAAGACAAUUCAAUAUUUUGCAGUCUUUUCUGAUUCGUUGCUUCUGUUCGUGCUUGGAGUUAGCCAAGAUAUGGACAAAAUCAGUCAGUUGCCUGAUGAAUUGCUUUUGAAGGUACUAUUGUUUCUUCCAACAAAAGUUGCUGCAAGCACAAGUAUUUUAUCCAAGCGAUGGGAGUUUCUCUGGAUGUGGCUGCCUAAACUUGCGUACGACGACUCAAUGGAUGAACACAAUAGUUUACUUGAUUUUAUCACUCUGAAUAUGCCACAACAUAGAGCUCCAGUCAUAGAGAGCUUGCGUCUCAGUUUUAGUUACGGAUACAAAGGAUCAGUUACACGGGAAGAUAUCAGAAUGUGGGUAGCUAUUGCAGUGACUCGCUUCCUUCAUGAGUUGAGUCUUGACCUUACUUUUGAAGUCAAUCCUACUAAACUGCCGAGUAGUUUGUAUACUUGCAAAUCGCUUGUGAUCUUGAAACUGGAAGAGGGGAUUCUCGUUGAUGUUCCUCGUACGACUUGUCUCCCUUCCCUGAAAACUUUGCUUCUUCAUGGUGUUACUUAUGCAGAUCAAAAAUCUCUUCACCGACUUCUUUCCAGUUGCCCUGUUCUUGACGAUUUAUUUGUGAAACACAAUGGAUGUGAAAGUGAACAACUGAAAACAUUUAGUGUAAUUGUGCCGUCCCUGCAGAGACUAACCCUAAAGAUAUGUAGAGGAUCUUUUUUCAAAGCGCUUGUGAUGAACACUCCAUCUUUAAAAUAUUUUAAGUUUACGGAUUAUACUUGUGAACAUCAUGACUUUAGUGAUACUGAUUUUGAUUUUGAUUUUGAUUAUAAUGGUUACUCCUUCUAUUCUGAUGAUAUGCCUAAGUUGGAGGAGAUGAAAGUUGAUUCGACAUACCUUGAUACAGAAAACUUUGUUAGUUUAAUCACAUAUGUCAAGCGGCUUUCAUUAUGCAUACCUGACCAAGCCGAAAAGGUAACAUGUUUUAAUCCAUCUGUCGAUCUCAGUUUAGAACAUCCUCCAUAUUUUUUUUUUAUUGCGUGCAGGCUUUGUAUCGUGAGGGUAUUGUCUUCAGCCAGCUUCGUCGUCUGAAGCUAUGUUCAUGUACUAUAAAUUGGUCAAAAUUACUUGUUCGUUUACUCAAGGAUUCUCCUAAUUUACAAGAGCUUGAGAUCCAUCUAGAUGGUGUAAGUUUCUUCGAAACAUAUCUAUUAUCUAUACUAUGUUGGCAUUUAACGUACGUGUAAGCCAGACAGUCUGUCUCUUUUUAUCUCAGGCUCAUACAAAUAUUUGUGAGGAUCCACCGGUUUGCUGGGAGAAUGAACUGGCCUGUGUUCCAGAUUGUCUGUUGUCGAGUCUCCAAACUUUCAAGUGGACACGGAUAUAUGGGUCGCAAAAAGAGGUAGAUCUGGUCAAAUAUGUGUUGAGUAAUGCUCGCUGCUUAAAGACUGCGACAAUCUUGUUUCGAUCAUCGGAUAGUGCACUGGAAGAGGAUGAGCUUGAAAUGGUUAUACAAGAUUUAUCACUUUCUUCUCGAGGUUCAAAAGAUGUCAAACUCGUAUUUGUUUGAGUAGCUGAAUCAUUUGAUAUGAUGCUAUAGUUUAUAUAAUAAGAUUCAGAGUUGCAUUUAUAUAAUGUAUUAACGGGUUCUUUUUUCCCGAAUUGGAUUUAUAGUGUAUAUGGUUUUAUUGGUUAUUUGGGUUGCUUGGAUAAUAACUAGAGAUCACUUUUUUAAAGAGUUUUUUUUUAUCUUAUUUCAAUUCUUGGGUUACAUGAAUUUUUUUUGUACAAUAAAA